UUCCCCGCUCCGCUCGGCUGCCCGUGGGAUGGAUGGAGGUUGUCGGCGACAGGGGGGCGGGCGGUCGGUCGGUCGGGAGCCGAUGAGCGCUGGGUGUGAGCGCUAGUUGCUCGGUACACAGCGGCGGGAGGUAGCGGGGCUGGUCAGUGGGGAAGUGGGCAGCGGGCGGGCUGGGCAGUGGCCACUGGUCAGACAGACAGUGAGCGCUCCGCACCGUCACCGUCACCGUAGUGCUCUCCUCUCCUCUCCUCUCCUCUCCCCACCCCGGGACACGAGGCGGGGGCGCCGCCGUGAACGGGACGUCCUGCGGGUGUGAAGUCGGGGAGCCGCAGAUGAGCGAGAGGCCGCCGCCGGCUGCCCUGGGAAGAAGGAUGAGGAGCGCCGCGCUGCCGCCUCUGUGCCGCGCCUCCCUCCUGCUCUGCACCGUCUUCAGCAACGCCAGGGGACACAGCAAGGAAACGCAGCCCAUCCCGCUCAACGUGGUGAAACUGUGGGCUUCCGCCUUCGGAGGGGAAAUCAAAUCCAUUUCGGCCAAAUAUUCGGGUUCACAAUUCCUGCAGAAGAAAUACAAAGAGCAUGAAAAGUCGGUCAUGGUGAAGGAAAUAGACGGCUUUCAACUUGUCAAAAAACUGGCAAAGGACAUGGAACAAAUGUUUCACAAUAAAGCUGAAGCCGUCAGACGCCUGGUUGAAGCCGCUGAAAACGCUCAUUUACAGCACGAAUAUAAUUCAGAUUUGGAGUAUGAAUACUUCAAUGCUGUCUUAAUAAACGAAAAGGAUGAAAGCGGAAGCUACGUGGAACUUGGGAAGGAGUUUAUUCUGGAACCUAAUGAGCAUUUUAACAACUUGCCUGUUAACAUCAGCUUAAGUGCUGUCCAGAUACCCACCAACAAGUACAACAAAGAUCCAGCGAUUGUUAAUGGAGUUUUCUGGUCUGAAGCUUUGAACAAAGUUUUUGUCGAUAACUUUGAGCGUGACCCUUCUCUGAUAUGGCAAUACUUUGGCAGCGCCAAUGGAUUUUUCAGACAGUAUCCAGGUAUAAAGUGGGAACCCGAUGAAAACGGUGUCAUUGCAUUUGACUGCAGGACUCGCAAAUGGUACAUUCAGGCCGCCACCUCUCCCAAAGAUGUGAUCAUUUUAGUUGAUGUCAGUGGAAGCAUGAAGGGACUUCGUAUGACAAUAGCCAAGCAGACAGUUUCAUCCAUCUUGGACACACUUGGAGAUGAUGACUUUUUCAAUAUCAUUGCAUAUAAUGAAGAUAUCCAUUACGUGGAACCGUGUUUAAACAACACCCUGGUCCAAGCAGACAGGAACAACAAGCGGCAUUUCCGUGAACAUCUCGACACGCUGAACGCCAAAGGAAUCGGGAUGCUGGGCUUUGCUCUGGCGGAGGCUUUCAUCCUUCUGAACCAGUUUAACGGCACAGGGCAAGGGAGCAGCUGUAGCCAGGCCAUCAUGCUGGUUACCGACGGAGCUGUGGACACGUAUGACACGGUAUUUGCAAAGUACAACUGGCCUGAUCGAAAGGUGCGUAUAUUUGCUUAUUUGAUCGGACGGGAAACUGUGUUUUCUGAAAAUCUGAAAUGGAUGGCAUGUGCGAAUAAAGGAUAUUUCACUCAGAUCUCCACGCUGGCCGAUGUGCAGGAGAACGUGAUGGAAUAUCUGCACGUUCUCAGCAGACCCAAAGUCAUCGACCAGGAGCAUGACAUUGUCUGGACUGAAGCCUACGUCGACAGCACGCUUCCUCUGGCUAAACAGCUGCCCUCUGAUUCCCAACGCAUUCUGAUGACCACAAUUGCGAUGCCCGUAUUUAGCAAGAAAAACGAGACGCGGACACAGGGUAUUCUGCUGGGUGUGGUGGGCACCGACGUCCCGGUCAAGGAGCUGGUGAAGGUCAUACCGAAGUAUAAGCUAGGCAUUCACGGAUACGCGUUUGCAAUAACAAACAAUGGCCUCGUCCUGACGCAUCCCGACCUCAGGCCACCGUAUGAAGAAGGAAAAAAGAGGAGGAAGCCCAGCUAUAAGAGUGUUGACCUCUCUGAACUUGAAUGGGCAGAUGUGGAUAACAUACUGCGUAAUGAUAUGGUCAGCAGGAACACGGGGAAGUUUUCAAUGGAAGUGAAGAAGACAGUGGAGAAAGGGAAUCGAGUCCUUGUGAUGACAAACGAUUACUAUUACACUGACAUCAAAGGCACUCCAUUCAGUCUAGGUGUGGCUCUGUCCAGAGGUCACGGGAAGUACUUCCUACAGGGAAACGUCACGCUGGAAGAAGGUUUACAUGACCUGGAUCAUCCCGACUUAACGUUGAUGGAGGAAUGGAUCUACUGUGAUACCGAUUUACAUCCUCAGCAUCGUAACCUCCUUCAGCUUGAAGCUGUCAAACUCUUCCUCUCUGGCAAGGAGCCGCUUCUACAGUGUGACAAGGAAUUAAUCCAGGAAGUGCUUUUUGAUGCUGUGGUCUCUGCCCCUCUGGAAGCCUACUGGACCAGCCUAGCUCUCAAUAGAUCUGAGAACGCUGACAAGGGAGUGGAAGUUUCUUUCUUGGGAACCCGCUCGGGCCUAACUCGAGUCAACCUGUUUGUCGGGCCGGAACAGCGCAGUGACCAAGACUUCUUGAGUCCACAAGACAAGGAAAAUAUUUUCACGGCAGAUCACUUCCCCCUGUGGUACCGCAAGUCUGCAGAGCAACUGCCAGGGACCUUCGUCUACUCAAUCCCAUUUAGGCCAGAGGCAGAAAAUAAAAGUAGCGUGGUGACAGCGAGUACAAGUGUGCAACUGGUGGACAACAGAAAAUCACCAGUGGUCGCAGCUGUGGGGAUUCAAAUGAAGCUGGAGUUUUUCCAGAAGAAGUUCUGGACUGCAAGCCGACAGUGUGCUUCACUGGAUGGGAAGUGCAGUAUUAGUUGUGACGAUGAGAUCAUAAAUUGUUACCUCAUCGAUAACAAUGGAUUUAUUUUGGUGUCGGAGAAUUUAGAUGAGACUGGGACGUUCUUUGGCAAAGUGGAAGGGGCGGUCAUGAAUAAACUAAUGAUGAUGGGAUCGUUUAAACGAGUAACACUUUAUGACUACCAAGCCGUGUGCAGAUCAACAGUAGACAACAGCGGCAGUGCACCUAGCUUAUUGGAUCCAUAUUAUGUCUUCUUUGCUGCAGUGAAGUGGAUUAUGACAGAACUGAUCUUAUUUCUGGUGGAAUUCAAUCUGUGCAGUUGGUGGAAUUCUGACUUCACAGUGCAGGCACAAAGAUGGAAGCAGGUUAUGCAGCCGUGCGACACUGAGUACGCUGCCUUCUUGUCCGAGCGCACAAUAAAGGAAACAAUGGGAGCUAUCAGCUGCGACGCCUGUCACAAGUCAUUUGUGAUCCAGCAGAUUCCAAGCAGCAACCUCUUCAUGGUGGUGGUGGAUGCCAGUUGUGACUGCAGCAUUGGACCAGUUACCAUGGACCCCAUUGAAAUUAUAUAUAAUGAAUCUAAGAAAUGUGAUACUCUCAGAUCACGCAAAAUCAGAAGACGCCCGGAUUCCUGCCACCCAUUCCAUGCUGAGGAAAACGCACGUGAGUGUGGAGAUGGCCUGGCCCUUCAGCCUUGCCCUGCAGUUCUCAUGCUAUCCCUCAUCCUAGCAUUGUGCCAGAGGUGACAGAGACUCCAGUGUCCACACUGUGCAAUGGUGAAUGAGAAAGUGAAGGACACCAUUGAAAAGAAAUGUCACCCUGUGGCAAAGCCCUUCUAUAUUAUACUGAACAUUAGAACAGGAAACGGCUGCUGAAGAUACAGGUCAAGCAGACAGCAGUUAGCACAAGAUGUGCAUCUUAUGCAGAACACAUCCAGGUAUAGUCAUCAACUGUCAGACUAUCACUUUGCAGCCAUCAUGGUGAUUGAUUGAUUGAUUAUUUUGGGCCUUGCCUUCUCCUGCAACAGAUUGGACAUGUUUGUGUACAUUUUUAAAUAAAUGAUCUUUUGACAACAGCAGGUUUGCUGUCGCAUGGACAACAUUUUUCUUGUGCCAGUUGUUAACUGUUUCAUGGUUUGCAUUAUCUGUUUAUUUCUGCAUAUCACUUGUAUGCGACUUUAAUAUAAACAAAACAAGUUGUUUCUGUACAGGAAAAAAAAGACAGUGUUAACAAAUGUUCAAUAGUUGCUUGAGUCCCGAUAGAACUAGAUAAGGAAUGCAAACUCUGCUUUUCAAUUCAAAAAUAAAUGAAAUUAUUAUUGCAUCAACUUUUGGUUUGUUUGAAAUGUUUAUUGGGUUAAACUAGCAACUUGUUGCUUUAAGGUAGGUCGACAUUUCUAUGUUCCUGAGGCUGGGAAUAUUAUAGCAAGAAUCAUUCUUAGUGAAUCUUAACAAACGGUUCUUUACAGCUUUCUGAAUGUGCACGGUCUGUAUGAUAUGUCAUGUGAUAUUCAAUAUUAUAACAGAGGAAUCUUGGAGAAUUGUUCGAAUAUACAAAGAAUAUUUGAUCACUCACAUAUCUGAAUAAAGCUAAAUAUUGUAAUACA